AUGGGGACAGAGAGCUGGUCUUUAAUAGGAAGGCUAAAGAGGGCAGUAAAAAAGAUAACUUUUUUGCUGAAUCUUGAUAUGAACAAAUGGAAGUUAGUUUCAUCUUUGAUUGGAGCAUCUUCAAAAAGACAUCAAUUGAGUUUCAAAGAGAAGAAAUUGCAAAAACAACCAACAGGAUUGAAUGUAAUAUGUUUUGAGAAUGAUGAUUUGAGUCCAAAUAAUUCAGGUACAGGUUCUAAUUCAUUUAAAGGACUUCAAAGAACUAUGAGUUAUCCAUCAUCAGAAGAUGAUAUUGAUAAAAGAGCUGAAAUGUUUAUAGCUAAUUUCUAUAAGCAACUUAAACUUGAAAGGCAAAUUUCUUUGGAGUUACGUUAUUGUAGAGGGCAUAGUUUUGGAUCUUCGCCAUCUCCAUGA